AUGCGAGGUUUUGCACUUUCAUUGACCUCAACUAAGAUUGAAUCUAAAGACAUCGUUGAAUCACGAGCCGAAGUGGCGGUGACCGUUGAACCUGGAGAAACGAUGGCUAGAAUAUCUGAGGUAGAGGUAGCGGUAAUAGCAGAAAUGCUGGCAACGGAAUCAGAAACAGCGGAAACUUU